UGACAAUAUUGACAUUCCGUCAGUUGAGGAAGAGCAAGCGAGCGAGUGAUUUGGGGCACUGUGUGCAAUUAUUUAGUGCUAAUGGUUUGAGCAAAUUGGUAGCUUUUCUUUUGACGCAUUUGCGACAUCGCUUACGUAUCAAUCAGCCGAUUUUUAUUUGCAAGCUUUGCUUUCGAAAGUUUCCUUUAUCUAGAACCAUCCAUGAAGGUUAAAACAGAAACGUGCUUUUAACUACUUCGACGAAAUGAGUAAGAAAAAGCACCAGCGCGAUCCGAACAAUGAGGACGAGUCGUCCGAGACGGGCGACGACAACCAAAACAGUGCAGAAUGCAGGCACAUUGGGAAAGCGGUGGAUUUGGGCAGACUGAAAAAGUCGCUGGUCAGCACUGGUUUUUUAACGGAGUGCGAAGAGUGCAACAAAGAGCCUGCUGAUGCAGACACGUCAGACAUGGCCAUCGAAUAUGACAUGUCGUUGUGGUUGUGCUUAAAAUGCGGGCACCAAGCUUGCGGCAGGGCUAAAAACAAGCAUGCACUUCGACACCAUGGAACCCCUCACUCUGAUUCACACGCAAUGUGCGUAAAUACAACCAUAUGGAGCAUUUGGUGCUAUGACUGUAACGACGAGGUGAACAUCACAUGCAAGAAAAAGCUCCAGGAAACUGUUGAGUAUUUGAAGAAACAAGCUGAAAGCAACAAAAUUAAACAAAAAAUUCCCACGCCUCAAAUAGAGGAUAAGGUCGUUGAUCUUGUUUUACCCCAACAGUUAAAUAAUAAUGACGGGCUCUUAAGAAAGCUAGGCGCCUCUAAUUUCACCCGAGCCAGAGGUUUAACAAACUUAGGUAAUACAUGCUUUUUCAACUCGGUUAUGCAAUGUUUGGGGCAGACGCCCUACCUCUUGCAACUGCUUGACGAAACUGAGAAUCCGGGCCAAAAGUUCAAGCUGCCGGGAGGCACUCUAAAAUUGCCGGACAAGCAGGAGAUCCAAGUACCACCAUUGGAAGGCGAAACCGAAAAAUGGAAUCCGCUGACCCAAACCCUCGCGGAAACGCUGAAAGAGCUGCAGAGCGGACGACCCGAGGUCUACAACCCUCGCGCCUUGCUCAAUCGCCUGACCGGUCGGAUGCCUCAGUUCGGGGGCGGGGACCAGCACGACGCGCACGAGCUGCUCAGACAUCUGCUCGAGGCCGUGCGGGAGGACGACCUCAAACGCUUCUACUCGGUUAUAUUAGAGAAAUUAGGCUUCACUCGGAAAACGGAUCCCGCGACCGUCGACGACGAGAAGAAGCGCAUCACCAAGUUCUACGGGCAGCAGGUGUCCGAGAUGCUGCUCGCCACCGAGCAAGUUUUCAGGGGCGUGCUGAUCAGCACGCUCCAGUGUCAGGUGUGCCACCACGUGUCGCAUCGCGACGAGUUCUUCCUCGACCUCAGCCUGCCGAUAUGCGAGAAGCAAUUGGCCCCGGUACUGCGCAGGAAAGCGGAAGAGAUUGAGGACGCGGCGAAGCCGUCCAAGUACCAGAUCAAGAAGGAAAAACGCGCGGAGAAGAAGAAAAAGAACAAGAAGCACCAAAACCAGAGGAACGGAGCGGCGGCGUCGGGGGCGCUCGUCCAGCAAGCGGACGACGUCUUCAUGGAGAACAAGUCGGAGAGCGAGUCGGACGCGGACGUAGAGGACAACGCGGAGGAGCCGCCCGACGUCAUAGCGUUGCCGGCUCCGCCCCAAAGCAAGGGCACCGAGUCCGGAUACAAUUCGGACAAGGUGGACAACAGCAGUCCGGAUUCGAACAAUCACCGGACCGAGUCGCCCGUGGACGUAGACGACAGCGGCGUGCCGAGCCCCACGGCCGCUGGGGGCGCUCCCAGCGUGUCUCCGACGAGUAUAGGCAACAGCCCCGCCUCCAGCGAGACAAACGUCGACAUGGGUAGCCCGCUGCUGGGUCAUAACAGUCCCGACGAGGAGUACGGCGAAUGCGCGGCGAGUUCGUUCCAGACGAGGCCGAUGUCGCGCCUGGCGUUCGUCGGGAACACUCCCAAAGGCGCCGACCUCAAGGUCGACUUGGAGAAGCUCAGCCUACUGAACGACGGCGAUUCGGUCAAAGUGGACGACAAGAUGGACGACGACGACGACGAAGAAGGGGGGGAGGAGCGCGGCGACGACGCGGCGCUGAUAGAUUGGUCUGGAACCCUCGCCUCCCGCUACGUCUGCGAGGAGGGGGAGUGUUCGGUCGAGUCGUGCCUGAACCAAUUCACCGAGUGCGAGCUGAUGAUGGGCACCAACAAAGUGAGCUGCGACAGGUGCACCAGGAACCAGCCGGGACCCGCGAAGAAGACCGUUUACACGGACGCGUCCAAGCAGCUGCUCAUUUACAACCCGCCCGCCGUGCUGAUACUCCACCUCAAACGGUUUCAGGUGUACAGGUAUCGGUCCGCGAAAGUGUCCAAAUUCGUCAAGUUUUCGGCGUUGCUCGACCUCGGUCCGUUCUGUUCGAAAAAAUCACGGAGCCUGCCGACGUUCGUGGCCGGUCAAUCGAAGGUGCUCUAUUCGUUGUACGGUGUGGUGGAGCACAGCGGUUCGAUCCACGGUGGCCAUUACGUGGCGUACAUCAAGGUGCGGGCGCCGCUAGACGAUCGCAGUCCCCGAUGGAAUUUCAUCCCGAAAAACCAAAAGGGCAACAACAACAACGGUACGCCGCUGGACCCGGAACCGCCGCCGGGCAAAUGGUACUACAUUAGCGACUCUUACGUGUCGGAGGUGUCCGAGUCGAAGGUACUGUCCGCGCAGGCGUAUUUGUUGUUUUACGAGAGGAUAUUGUAAUUUUUUUUCUGUUUCCUCCGACAACCCCCCCCCCACAUCCCAUCGAACUCCCGAUUUUUUUUUCGUAGAUUAAUUUUUCAUUAUUUAGGUGGUUAUCGAGUAAAAGAAAAACUUUUUGUCGAUCUGAGACUGGUCGUUUUAUUUCGCGCGGAAGAGACACGCCCUAUACCGGGUGACACAAGAAAGUGGCGACACUAUAUAGCUUUUAAAAGGCUUGAGAUAGCGAUUUAAAAUUUGCAGCGGUUAAUAUAGGCUGAACGUCCGACGGUUUCACUUCUGAUUUGAACGGAAACGGAAGAAUUUUACAAGACGGUUUUUCUCAUUUUUUAAAAUUUUUAUUUAAUUUUUGUGCCUACGAGGCUGUGACCAUCAUAAAUACUAUUUACCGGGUCACCUGAUCAUGGGAAAAAUUGUAAAUGAAACUUUUCUUCACUCGUCUAACGGCAAAGAGCAUUUAAUGUAAUCUACUAUUAAUUUUUUAGGAUAAUCUAGUUUUUUCAAAUAACACCCUAACGGGAACCAAAUCUUUUUAAAGUCGGUACUUUUUUUGCAACAUUUUGCCACCAAAAUUUUCAAAAUCCGUUAACAAAUAAGCUCACUGCAG